AUGGCUACUUUUAGCUAUUUCUCUGGGUUAAAACCUAAUCAAUGUAAUCAAGAGAUUAAGACCAAAAUUGUUAGAGCUUGGAAGCAGCAUUCUCCGGUUGUUGGAGAGAGUAUUGAGUUGGGAGAUACCAUUCAUGCGACUAUUAAAAAAGAUUUUGUAGGACGCUAUGAUCGCAUUAUGAAGGAGGGUGAUCAUCGCCUCACAAUCAAUGUGUGGGGUAAACAAGCUGAGGUGUUUAGUAAUGCUCUUCGUUUAGGAAGCAGUUGUCCUUUGAUAUGCUUUGUCCGAUUUGGAAAGAUCAGUGUGUGCCAAUCAGAACGCACUGUUUCUAACGUCUACAAUAUUUCGGAUAUUGCCUUGCAUCCAGAUAUGGAUGAUGUGGAAGCGUUCUUGAAACUGCUACCGCGUAAGCAGGUUACCGUUGAACAUAUGGAUUCAAAGCCCAUAUGCCUGGUUUCCGAUAUUACAGAAAAGAAGGAUUUUUUUGCUGAAACCCCAUGGAAGACAAUUGCAGAAUUGUUGGACACCACGCAGGUCCAGAUGUGCUUUGUUGUCUGUACCAUUGCUGCGCUUGAUACUGAGAAGGGAUGGUACUAUUUGAGUUGCAACGUCUGCGGAGUUGAAGUGCAUAAUGUGUCUAACGACUGGUCUUCUAGGGGAGCUGCACAUUGUAAUAGACUGAAAAAUUACUACUGUGAAAAGUGUAAAACUCAUAUUCAAAAGCCCGAUGCAAGGUACGCCCUAAAUUUGGUUGUCCUUGACAGUACUGGCGACACAAAUUUCCUUCUAUUCGAAAAUGUUGCAGAACAACUAAUUGGACAACCUUGCAGUGCGUUAAUCGGUGAAAACAUUGAUGAGAUCCAGGGACGUGCUCUCCCUGCAGUUCUGACAGAGAGAGUUGGUAAGACAACCAUCUUCAAGAUUACUACCCAGUAUAAAAGGUAUAGAUGCAACUAUGCAACUUUCAAAGUUCUGAAGCUUAUAACAAGUACGGACUGCAUCAAUGAGCUUGCUAUUAACCAUUAUCCGAUGCGUAUUCGAAGCACAAGUUGCCAAGCAAUUCCAGGGAAGUGGUCGACUGAACAGGGAUCUACAUCUAAGCUCUGUGGUUCAUACAAUCAUCUCAUGUCUCGCUAUCUUUCACAAGCUAAAAGGCGUGUAUCCCAUCUUUGUUUUGACGAAACCGAGAGUCUGGAGAUGAAUGUUUGGACAAAGGGAUCAUGUUCGGUGCGGAAAAAGAAGGAGAAGACCGAUAGAAGUGGCUAA